CAGCUCUGCUGAAAGAGACCACCCUUUAUCAGGCUCUUGCAGCCUCUGACUCUCCUGCAAUGCCUUCAGCCCUUGACACCAACAUGAGGUUCAAGUUCUCGAUCCUCGCUCUUCUUCUACAAGUGGCCAUCAUUGUUUUGUUUGGGAUAUUUGUGGAAUAUGAAACUGACAGUCCGUUCCAAAUAUUGCACCCACUCUUUCAGGAUGUCCAUGUGAUGAUAUUUGUUGGAUUUGGCUUCCUGAUGACCUUUCUGAAGAAAUAUGGAUUCAGCAGUGUUGGUAUCAACAUGCUCAUUGCAGCCUUUGGUCUUCAGUGGGGCACCCUGAUGCAAGGAUUUUGGCAUAUGGAAGCAGGGAAAAUUUUUGUUCGUAUUGAUAGCAUGAUAAAUGCAGACUUCAGUACAGCAACUGCUUUGAUUUCAUUUGGAGCAGUCCUGGGGAAAACAAGCCCUGUUCAGAUGCUGAUCUUGACAAUUCUGGAGAUCACAAUUUUUGCAUGCAAUGAACAUCUAGUUACAGAAAUAUUUCAGGCCACAGAUGUUGGAGCCUCGAUGACUAUCCAUGCUUUUGGAGCUUAUUUUGGUUUGGCCGCAAGCCUGGUCUUAUAUCGUCCUGGUUUGAAAAACAAGCAUGAAAAUGAAGAAUCUACCUAUCACUCCGACUUAUUUGCCAUGAUUGGUACCCUGUUCCUUUGGAUUUUUUGGCCCACUUUUAACUCCGCCAUUGCAGCUCAGGAUGACAGGACUAAAGCAAUUAUCAACACUUACUACUCUUUGGCUGCAAGUACUGUCGUAACAUUUGCCCUCUCCAGCCUGGUGGAUAAAAGAGGCAAAUUCAGCAUGGUUCUUGUUCAAAAUGCCACCCUGGCAGGAGGAGUAGCAGUGGGUACAUGUGCAGACCUGUUAAUCCACCCUUUUGCUGCUAUGUGCAUUGGGGCAAUUGCUGGAAUCAUCUCUGUCCUCGGAUUCCAUUUCCUGACUCCUGUUUUGGCAUCCAAGCUGAACAUUCAUGAUACUUGUGGAGUCCAUAAUUUACAUGGUUUACCUGGAGUACUGGGAGGUAUUGCAGGCAUCGUAGUAACCGCGAUACAAAGUAAAAGUGGGAAAGGUGUCCUGCAUACCCCUGGCAUGCAGGCUGCUGCCCUUGGCAGUACAAUUGGAAUUGCACUGGUUGGCGGUGCAUUGACAGGUGCUAUUCUAAAGCUGCCCUUCCUGGGACAAGCAUCUGACAAGAACUGCUUUGAUGACUCUAUUUAUUGGGAGGUUCCAGAAGAAGAGAAACUGCAUGCAGUUCACUCCAACAACUAUGAUGAGCACAGCAGAUUUGAAGCUACCAUGUAGAAAAACAAUUCAUCUCUAGCAUACAUCCUAAUGAUCUUCUUUUCAGUUUCUAAAGCUAAAAAACAACAUUCAAGUACUGUCUUAACCAUGCUUGUUUUUCUAGAAGGGGUUGUAAGUAGCUAUAUUUUUGUAAUAUAAAACAAGCUUGAUUUUAACAUACAUUGCCAUUAUGCCAAGUUCUAGUGAAUCAAUUAGAUCUUUCCAACAUAUUUGUUCAUCUAGAAUGAAGAGAAGACAAAAGAAAAAAAAAUUUGCUCUACAGUUAUCUGUAUUUUACCAUUUGUUAUCGAGUCAAUAUAGCCAUUGAAAAAAACUUUUGUUUCAAGCCUAUAACAGGAUGCCAUAUUUAAUUGCAAGAUUUCUGAAUUACAGUCACAUCUUUCAACUGCAUAGAUGUAAACAUGCAGAUGGCAAUGAAGAAAUUAAUUAACGUUGUUUAUUUGGAUUCUAACAAGCUUUUCACCGGAGUAUCCCAGAUUAACGUUUUAAGAAAGUGUCUUUUCCUAUUGCUGGAUAGGGGAGAGAAUGUGCUAUAUUUUGAAGAUUGGUUGUGACAGGGAACAAAAUGUUGAAAUAAUUUUCAUGGCAAAACAUAGAACACAGUGACUGAUAAGGUACACUAAGUAGUAAAAUUAGUAUCAAGGUUAUUUGUUAAUAUAUUAAUUGCAAGGAGAAAGAAGUGAAAUGGUGAAAAAAAUCACUCGGCAUGUAUUUAUUUAGACUGUUUGAUGGACAAAAUAGGAGAAUUGAGUAGGAAUUGAGCUAUGAAAAACAGGUAAUUAUGUAACACUGUCUUACUAAGUUCAACAGUAAUGAGUGAAUGGUAGCACUGCUAAUAUCAAUAGAUAUAAACUGAACUAACUGUUAACUCUAAGAAAAAGUGUGAGUUGUUAGGAACUGGUCAGAAAGCAACUAUCAACCCACAGAAGACUCAGUGGAGAACUUUGCAGUGAGUCACUACCUUUGAAGUCACCACCUCCUACAGAAAGAAAAAAAAAAAAAAAAAAAAGGAGAGAGAGAAGAAAGGAGAAAAUUGAAACUAAAUUAAGGUAAAUUAACUCCACCUGAGAAGUGAUGAUAAUGACUGCUCAGUUAAGAGAUAGAAAGACUGAGGGAACUGAAAGAACUCUAUGAAAUGUUAGUAUCCGGAAGCAGAGUCACGCAUUUGUGCCUAACUACUUGAGGUAAUCCACUGAGAGACGAUUAAAAUCUAGAAGGAUCACAGUGCCUCCAGGCAUCAUUCAGACCACAAAAGCUACCAAUGUCUCAGACUGACAAUCUACAAUGGAUGAACUUUCUAGACUUCUUUAUAUUAGUAUAUUUCAAGAAAAAGAAAUAAUAGAAAUAGAAAUAAAAUAGUUCAGUUGGAAGAGAUCUUCAAAGAUCAAGUCUGGCUGCCUGACCAUUUCAGGGCUGCCCAAAAGUUAAAGCCUAUUACUGAUGGUGUUGUCCAAAUGCCUAUUGAGCAUUGACAGCUGUGGGGCACCAACCACCUCUCUAGGAAGCCUGUUCCAGUCUUUGGCACCCUCACAGUAAAUAAAUUUUUCCUAAUGCCCAGCCUGAGCUUCCCCUGGCUCAGCUUUGUGCUGUUCCCUCACGGCCUGCCAUCAGUGACCAGGGAGCAGAGGCCAGCACCUCCCUCUCCAUCCCCCUCCUCAGGAGGCUGCAGAGGCCA